UAGUAUUAUUCUCUCUAAUCAAUCUUCUUCUUCUCUCUCAAUCUCAAAUCUACGAUUAUGACAGACGACAGAGUUUACCCUGCAUCAAAACCUCCCGCCAUCGUCGGCGGAGGUGGCGCAACCACAAAUCCAACUUUUCCGGCGAACAAAGCUCAGCUCUACAACGCAAAUCGUCCCGCUUACCGUCCACCAGCUGGUCGUCGCCGUAGUAGUCAUAGCCGUGGAUGUUGCUGCCGUUGCUGCUGCUGGACGAUUUUCGUUAUCAUCCUCUUAAUCCUCAUCGCCGCCGCCGCAUCAGCCGUCGUUUACCUAAUCUACCGUCCUCAACGGCCGAGCUUCACCGUCUCUGAACUCAAAAUCUCCACUCUCAAUUUCACAUCCGCUACUCACCUCACCACCGCCAUUUCCCUCUCCGUCAUCGCCAGAAACCCUAACAAAAACGUCGGAUUCAGCUACGACGCCACCGACAUCACACUCUACAAAGUAUCCACCGGAGGAGAUGAUGAUGUAGUCAUCGGUAAAGGAACGAUCUCGUCGUUUGUUCACGGGAAGAAGAACACGACUACGCUUAGAUCUACGAUCGGAAGUCCUCCCGAAGAUCUCGAUGAGAUAUCGGCGGGUAAGCUUAAAGGAGAUCUGAAGGCGAAGAAAGCAGUAGCGAUUAAGAUUGUUUUGAAUUCGAAGGUGAAAGUGAAGAUGGGAUCUCUGAAAACUCCUAAGUCAGGAAUUAGGGUUACUUGUGAAGGGAUUAAAGUGGUGGCUCCGACGGGAAAGAAGGCGACGACGGCUACUACCUCCGCCGCUAAGUUUUCCUCGUACUACUCCCUUGCGACUAACAAUGAUCAAUCCCUCUUCCAUUACUUCCAACAUCUUCUUGGAUUAUGCUCGACGGCUCAACAAUGCAAGCAAGUUCACGCCCAAGUACUUGUAUCCGAUUUCAUCUACUGUUCUGGGUCAUUAGCUGCGAAUUUCGUAUCGGUUUACUCUCGGUUAGGACUCCUUCUCGAUGCCCGUAACGUGUUUGACACUGUGUCGCUUGUUCUCUGGUCGGAUUUGCGUCUGUGGAACUCGAUUCUAAAAGCUAAUGUGUCUCAUGGGUUAUACGAGAUUGCUCUUGAGCUUUACAGGCGAAUGCGUGAACGAGGUCUCACAGGGGACGGGUAUAUUCUACCCUUGAUCCUUCGAGCUUGUAGGUACUUAAGUCGUUUUGGUUUGUGUAGGGCUUUUCAUAGUCAAAUUAUUCAGAUUGGUUUAAAAGAGAAUCUUCAUGUGGUUAACGAAUUGCUUACGUUGUAUCCAAAAGCGGGAAGGAUAGGAGAUGCUUACAAUCUGUUUGUUGAAAUGCCUGUGAGAAACCGUAUGUCGUGGAAUGUCAUGAUGAAAGGUUUUUCUCAAGAGUAUGAUUGUGAAAGUGCUGUUGAGAUUUUUGAAUGGAUGCAACGUGAAGAUUUUAAACCAGAUGAAGUGACGUGGACUUCAGUUUUAUCUUGUCAUUCGCAGUGUGGGAAGUUUGAAGAUGUUAUAAAGUAUUUUCAUGUUAUGAGGAUGAGUGGAAGUUCAGUUAGUGGCGAAGCUCUUGCUGUUUUCUUCUCUGUCUGUGCUGAAUUAGGAGAAUUAAGUAUCGCUGAAAAAGUUCAUGGGUAUGUUAUAAAAGGUGGGUUUGAAGAGUGUUUGCCCUCGAGGAACGCAUUGAUACACGUGUACGGGAAGCAAGGGAAAGUUAAAGAUGCAGAACAGUUGUUCCAGCAAAUAAGAAACAAAGGUAUAGAGAGCUGGAAUUCUUUGAUAACAUCGUUUGUGGAUGCUGGUAAACUCGACGAGGCUCUUUCAUUGUUUACUGAGUUGGAGGAAAUGGAUGAUGUUUGUAAUGUCGAGGCUAACGUAGUUACCUGGACCUCUGUUAUCAAGGGUUGUAACGUCCAAGGAAGAGGAGACGAUUCACUUGAAUAUUUCCGGCGAAUGCAAUUUUCCAAAGUAUUGUCUAAUUCAGUGACGAUUUGUUGUAUAUUAUCAAUUUGUGCGGAGCUUCCAGCUUUGAAUCUCGGAAGGGAAAUCCAUGGGCAUGUGAUACGGACCUCAAUGAGCGAUAACAUUCUAGUUCAGAAUGCAUUGGUGAAUAUGUACACAAAAUGUGGGUUACUCAGUGAGGGGAGUCUAGUAUUUGAAGCAAUUAGGGAUAAGGAUUUGAUCUCAUGGAACUCGAUAAUCAAAGGUUAUGGUAUGCAUGGGUUUGGUGAGAAAGCUCUAAGUAUGUUCGAUCGAAUGAUAAAAUCUGGGUGUCAUCCUGAUGGGAUCGCUUUGGUAGCUGUUCUUUCAGCCUGUAGUCAUGCAGGGCUGGUUGAAAAGGGACGCGAAAUUUUCUAUUCGAUGAGCAAGAGAUUUGGAUUAGAGCCUCAACAAGAGCACUAUGCAUGUAUUGUUGAUCUCCUUGGUCGUGUAGGGUUUCUGAAAGAAGCGAGUGAGAUUGUGAAGAACAUGCCUAUGGAGCCUAAGGUCUGUGUGUUGGGAGCUCUGUUAAAUUCUUGCCGGAUGCAUAAAAACAUGGACAUUGCAGAGAAUAUAGCAUCACAACUUAGGGUUCUAGAACCGGAGAGGACAGGCAGCUAUAUGUUGCUUUCUAACAUCUACUCUGCUGGUGGAAGAUGGGAAGAAUCUGCAAAGGUUAGGGCUUUAGCCAAGAAAAAGGAUUUGAAGAAAGUUUCUGGAAGCAGUUGGAUUGAAUUGAAGAAGAAAAUCUACAAAUUCUCGUCAGGAUCAAUAGUACAGAGCGAGUUUGUGAGCAUCUACCCGGUUCUUGAGGAUUUGGUUCUAAUAAUCCACGGCGUCAUCUUCGAUGUUCAAAUUGAUGGUAGUAGGCAAAGGAAAGCUCUUGUCUCUCCUGAGCUAGAGACCAACCAAUGUCGAGCUGCUCUAGAACCAAGAGUUUUAGCAUUGGAACGCUCAAUCUGGCACUGAUGACGACACACAACAUAAUCCUUUUAAGUUUUAACACCUUUGCCACAGUGUGGGUAACGAUAUCUCGUUGAGAUUCUACUAGAAUUGUCUAAGUUUAAUAAUAAUCAUACAUACGA